AUGGGCUGCUCUGGAGGUUCCGGGGGCUGUGCGUCCAGCUGUGGAGGCUGCGGCGGCUGUGGAGGCUGCAGUGGAGGCUGCGGUGGAGGCUGUGGAUCUGGGGGCUGCGUGCCAGUGUGCUGCACGACCUGCUGUGUCCCAAUGUGCUGCAGCUCCGGUUGUGGCAAAGGAGGCUGUGGAUCCUGUGGAGGCUGUGGCUCAUGCGGAGGCACUAAAGGAGGCUGUGGCUCAUGUGGAGGCAGCAAAGGAGGCUGUGGAUCCUGUGGGGGCUGUGGCGCCUGUGGAGGCACUAAAGGAGGCUGUGGAUCUUGUGGAGGCAGCAAAGGAGGCUGUGGAUCCUGUGGAGGCAGCAAAGGAGGCUGUGGCUCCUGUGGAGGCUGUGGCUCUUGCGGAGGCGGCAAAGGAGGCUGCUGUGGCUCAUGCGGAGGCUGUGGUUCCUGCUGCCAGACCAGCUGCUGCGUGCCCUGCUGCUCCCAGACCAGCUGCUGUGUGCCCUGCUGUGCGCCCUCCUGCUGCCAGACCGGCUGCUGCGUGCCCUGCUGCUGCCAGUCCAGCUGCUGUAAGCCCUCCUGCUGCCAGACCGGCUGCUGCGUGCCCUGCUGUAAGCCUGCCUGCUGCCAAUCCAGUUGCUGUGUGCCCCCCUGCUGCCAAUCCAGCUGCUGUAAACCUUCCUGCUGUGCCCAGACCAGCUGUUGUCACCCCCUUUGCUGCCAGUGUAAAAUCUAA